AAGAACAACGAACAGCUCUAAUAUUUUUAAACAAAACAUCUUCAGAGCUGUUCAAGUUCAACAACAGUUUGAUAAAAUAUAAUCCAACAAUCAAAAGAACAUUUACUGUAAGCAAAAAAAAAAAACAAGGAUAUGUCGUACAGGUACGACGAUGAUUCCAAGAAGAAGAGGAGGUACGCUGUUAUUUUAAUCUCCUCCGUUCUGCUCAUCUCAAUGAUCGUCGCCGUUACCAUCAGCCUCAACAAGAACGAAGCAAACGGCGACUCUAAAAGUAACGGAGAGCUAGCCGCUUCCGUCAAGGCCGUUAAGGACGUAUGCGCACCAACGGAUUACAAAAAGACAUGCGAAGACACUCUUCUCAAGAAUGGUCACAACACAACCGAUCCAAUGGAGUUGGUUAAAACCGCGUUUAGCGUCACGAUGAAGCAGAUCACCGACGCUGCCAAGAAGUCGCAGACCAUGAUGGACCUUCAGAAGGAUCCGAGGACGAGGAUGGCUCUUGAUCAGUGCAAGGAGCUGAUGGACUACGCCUUGGGAGAGCUCAGCAACUCUUUCGAGGAGCUAGGGAAGUUCGAGUUCCAUUUGCUCGACGAGGCUUUGAUCAAUCUUAGGAUUUGGCUCAGCGCGGCGAUAAGCCACGAGGAGACUUGCCUCGAAGGGUUUCAAGGGACACAAGGGAAAGCCGGAGAGACAAUGAAGAAGGCCUUGAAAACAGCUAUCGAGCUGACCCACAAUGGGCUAGCGAUCAUCAGCGAGAUGUCGAGUUUUGUCGGACAAAUGGGGAUUCCCGAGCUGAACAGUAGAAGGCUUCUGUCUCAAGAUAUCCCCUCGUGGGUGGACCAGAGAGGGAGGAGCCUCUUGCAGGCUGCUGAGGGGUAUUCGGAUGCGAAGGCUGAUAUUGUGGUGGCUCAGGACGGGAGCGGUCAGUAUACAACGAUCAACGACGCGAUGAAGUUCGUUCCCAAGAAGAAGAAUACAACCUUUGUGGUUCACAUUAAGGCUGGAGUCUACAAGGAGUAUGUGCAAGUCAACAAGAGCAUGACUCACCUUGUGUUCAUCGGUGAUGGUCCUGACAAAACCAUCAUCUCCGGUAGCAAGAAUUACAAGGACGGUAUCACUACCUAUCGUACUGCCACUGUUGCCAUCAUUGGAGACUACUUCAUUGCCAAGAACAUAGGGUUUGUAAACACUGCCGGUGCCAUCAAACAUCAAGCCGUUGCGGUUAGGGUUCAGUCAGACGAGUCCAUAUUUUUUAACUGUAGAUUCGAUGGUUACCAAGACACGCUCUACGCUCACUCCCACCGUCAAUUCUACCGAGAUUGCACCAUCUCUGGCACCAUUGAUUUCCUCUUUGGAGACGCAGCUGCUGUAUUCCAGAACUGUACUUUAUUGGUGAGGAAGCCACUCCCGAACCAGGCGUGCCCUAUCACAGCUCAUGGUCGUAAAGACGCGAGGGAGUCAACUGGAUUUGUGUUCCAAGGUUGCACUAUUGCUGGCGAACCGGAUUACUUGGCAGUCAAGGAAACUAGCAAAGCCUAUUUAGGAAGGCCGUGGAAGGAGUACUCGAGAACUAUUAUUAUGAACACUUUUAUUCCUGAUUUUAUUCAACCCCAAGGAUGGCAACCGUGGCUUGGAAACUUCGGUCUUGACACAUUGUUCUACUCUGAAGUACAGAACAUUGGACCUGGAGCAGCCCUUGCAGGCAGGGUUACUUGGCCUGGAAUCAAGACACUGAGCGAUGAGGAGAUUCUCAGUUUCACACCUGAUCAGUACAUCCAAGGUGAUGUUUGGGUUCCGGGCAAAGGUGUACCGUACACUCCUGGCCUCUUGGCUGCUGACCCCAACGCUGCAACCACUACCCCUAGCGGCUCGGCUGCUCCAGAUUUCUCUUCUUUCCCGGACACAAGUGGUGCUGGCUCGGUUUCUCCAGCAGCUGCCCCGGAAGGUUCUACCAAGAGAACCAUGGUUUUAACUGACUAAAAGAAUCGGUUAAGUUGCAAUAUAAUUUGUUUUUUCUUACGUUAAUUAAAGACAACCUGGAAACAAACAAAUUUUCACAAUUGUUGGGAUUAAUGUUUAGCCUUGAAGCUCAUGUUUAAUAUCCGCAAUACAUUAAAGAUGUCGUUUACAAAACUUAAUUGUAAUAACCAUUAUGUAAAAUUUAAUCCAUUAGUAUGUAAUAUGCGCUAGCUGCUAUUUUUUUAUU